AGCGUGUGGUAUUUGAUGGCGGGGAGGGACUUUGUGGUCACUGCAUGCGCAACAAGUCCGAGGCUGCCUGAUGGAAAUGCAUGACAACACCCGCGUGGCUGCGGUUCAGUCAGGAGGCGGAUUCUAAGUGGACCUUGACGGACGAACUUUCUCCGCACGCUCUUCCUUGAUUUACGCGGCUCCCCCCAGUGCAGAAGACGCUGGGCUGAAGUUUUUAAAGCGCGUUGCUCAAAGUUUCCGCUGCGCGUGGCGCGACUCGCAACCGACUGGAGGACGCGUGACGACAGAACAUGAGAACGACUGCGCGUCCCGCAAACUUCACUCCUCGGGUUUUGUCGCAAAAGUAGCGCGAGGAGUUGACAGGUCGUGCGGAGGCGGCAGGUGGGCACCCCCUUGGCUUGCCAUAGACGGGCACCAGCCUCGGACCGCGGCGCGACGCGACGCGGAGCGAUGGGCAGCGUCCCAGAGCGGCCACGGCUUCUGGAGGUUCGUCCGUGAAAGUACGCGCGCUUCCAACGGCCUCGGUCCAACAUGCGCGCGCUGGGCUUGCUGUGCGCCGUGCUCGGGCUGUGGGAGCCCAGCCUGUGCAGCAGAAACUGUCCGGACCUGAUCGUUGACAGCUGCCACUGCUCCGCGGAGAGAUCCAAGGAGCUGAGCAGGCACCGCGUCCGGGUCCGAGUCGUGUGCGAUGAUGCGGAGCUGAUGGACACCCUGCCGCCCGGGUUCCUGCCCAACAGAACCGUUUCCCUGAACCUGAGUAACAACAAGAUCUCCCUGGUGAGGAAUGGCUCCUUCUACGGUUUGGCCGCGCUGGAGAAACUGGACCUGAAGAAUAAUUUGAUAAGUACAUUGGAGCCCGGGGCCUUUCGUGGUCUGCUAGCCCUGAGGAGACUGGAUUUGUCCAACAACAGGAUUGGCUGCCUUUCACCCCAAAUGUUUCUUGAUCUGGGCAGCUUGUCAAAAUUGAAUCUAUCUGGAAACAUCUUCUCUACUCUGACCAUUGGGCUCUUCACGCACCUCCUGGCUCUCAGAGUGCUGCACUUCCACACUGAGACUCUGUUCUGUGACUGUCAGCUGAAGUGGCUGCUCCUCUGGGCCCGGAGCAACUCUGUACGGAUCGGUAACGACACCGUGUGUGUGUUCCCCACCUACCUGCACGGCCUGGAGCUCCGCAACCUACGCGAACACCAGCUCGUGUGCGAUGGACCUCUGGAGAUGCCCCUGUUCCAGCUCAUACCCUCCCAGAGACAAGUGGUGUUCCACGGGGACCGCCUCCCCCUGCAGUGCGCCGCCACCCACAUGGACCCGACGGUGAGGCUGAGCUGGCGCCACAACGGCCGCGUGGCGAGCACGCAGGAAGACCGCGGCGUUUACGUGGAGGAGACCCUGCUGCACGACUGCUGCCUGCUGACCAGCGAGGUCAUCCUCUCCAGCAUCGACGUGGGCAUCGCUGGCAUCUGGGAGUGCCUGGCAACCAGUUCCCGUGGCAACGCCUCUCUGCAAAUGGAGAUAGUUGUUCUGGAGACGUCGGCGGUGUACUGCCCCGCGGAUCGAGUCAGCAACAACAAGGGGGACUUCAGGUGGCCCAGGACCGUCGCCGGCAUCCUGGCCUUCCUGCCCUGUGCCCCCGCCGCCUUCGGCUCCGCCCCCCACCCCUCCGGCGGCGCCCGCCCGCCCUCCGGGCAUGGGGAGAAGAAGGCCUGGCGGCGCUGCGACCGCGCCGGGCGAUGGGCCGAGGACGACUACACCCAGUGCCCCUACGCCAGCGAGCUCACCCGCGUUCUGCACGAGCUCACCCAGAUGACUCUCAAUGCCACCAACGCUCAGCCUUUAGGCCAGCAGCUAGUGGCCUUCACCAGCAGGGCAGCCAACUUCACGGACGUCAUGGACGUGGUCUUUGUCACCCACCUGGUGGAGAGGCUGACGAGGCUGGUGGAGAAACGCAGCGAGCUGAGCGACUACGUAUCGGACAUAGCCAGCAACAUGAUGCUGGUGGAGGAGCACGUGCUGUGGAUGGCCCAGAACGAGGCCCGCGCCUGCACCCGCAUCGUGCAGUGCGUGGAGCGCAUCGCGGACCUGGCGCUGACGGGAGACAGCCAGGUGGUUUCCAAGGUGUCUGCUAACAUCGCUCUGGAGGCCUUUCUCAUCCGGCCGUCAGACUUCCGGGGCCUGUCCUGCACGGUGCUCCAGCGGCCGACGCCGGCGGCUGGCCCACCUUUGAGUGACAGCGGGCGGGGGGCGGGGCCGUCGCUGCUCGACUUCAAAUGCCACGCCGUCAACAGCAGCGGCUCGCCGGCCACUCAGCUCAGCAAGAACUCAGUGGCAGUCGCCUCAAUCCAUUUACCGCUGGCUGGAACGCCUAUCUCCUCCUCUGCGUUGCAAUCUGUUGAUAACUCCACUUGCAGGCUGCAGUUCAUUGUGUUUCGCAAUGGGAAACUCUUUCCGUGCACGGGGAAUUCGUCCAACCUUGCCGAUGACGGGAAGCGGAGGAGCGUUUCGACACCAGUUGCUUUCACCAAAUUAGAUGGGUGCAGUCUCGGGAGCACCGUGCGCUCCGUUACCAUUGCUCUCCGGCACUUCGCACUGGGUGUAGACCCCACCGCAGCCUAUUGGGAUUUUGACCUGCUGGAUGGACACGGUGGCUGGAGGGCAGAGGGCUGCCACAUAACAGGCUCCGGGGGCAACACGACCACUAUUCAUUGCACCCAUCAUAAUAACUUUGCUGUGCUAAUGGAUCUGAAGAAGGUGCUGUCGUUCCCCCCGUACCCCGGGGAGUUUCUGCACCCGGUCGUGUAUGCCUGCACGGCGGUCAUGUUGCUCUGCCUCUUCGCCUCCAUCAUCACCUACAUAGUGCACCACAGCGCAAUCCGCAUCAGUCGAAAAGGAUGGCAUAUGCUGCUCAACUUCUGCUUCCAUACGGCGCUGACCUUCGCUGUGUUUGCCGGCGGCAUCAAUCGAAUCAAAUACCCCAUCAUCUGUCAAGCCGUCGGCAUCGUGCUGCACUACUCAUCUCUGUCGACCAUGCUGUGGCUCGGGGUGACGGCGAGGAACAUUUACAAGCAGGUGACCAAGAAGCCUUCACCGAGCCAAGAUGGAGCCCCCCCUCCGCCCCUUAGGCAGCCCCUGUUGAGGUUAUAUUUACUCAGCGGUGGAGUUCCCCUCGUCAUCUGUGGGGUCACUGCAGCCGUCAACAUUGACAACUAUGGCAGUGGAGAGCAAGCGCCAUACUGCUGGAUGGCCUGGGAGCCCAGCCUGGGGACCUUCUUCGGCCCCGUGGCCUUCAUCAUCCUCGUCACGUGCGUCUACUUCCUCUGCACCUUCAUCCAGCUGCGGCGACACCCCGAGAAGAAGUACGAGCUCAAGCGGCUGACGGAGGAGCAGCAGCGGCUGGCGGCGGCCGACGCGCCGGCCCACUGCCACCAGGGGGCGGAGCCCGGGGCCCUGGCGGCCCCGCAGGGCGGGGGCCACUGCCCCGCGGGCUGCCCGGGUGUCCCCAUCAACCCGGCGCUGCUGGCAAACGAGCACUCCUUCAAGGCCCAGCUGCGCACGACCGCCUUCACGCUCUUCCUGUUCCUGGCCACGUGGACCUUCGGGGCGCUGGCCGUGUCGCAGGGCCACUUCCUGGACAUGAUCUUCAGCUGCCUGUACGGUGCCUUCUCCGUCACCCUCGGCCUCUUCAUCCUCAUCCAUCACUGCGCCAAGCGGGACGACGUCUGGCACUGCUGGUGCUCCUGUUGCCCCGGGCGCGGCGCCGACACCUGUGCGGCGCCGGCGCCGCGGCCCAAGGUCAACGUGAACGGCGACACGCCCGGCCACGCCCACGGCCACUGCCGCCACGACUCGCCGUGUCAGGGCAAGGCGGCGCUCGGCUGCGGCCACGGCGCCGUGGCUCACUGCAAGCACGCCGCCCUCCCGUCCUCUCAGAGCCACGUGGCCUGCCUGGCGCCGGUGACCCCGUGCUGUGCGGCUCUGCACAGCCAGCAGCUCCUGGAGGAGGAGCCCGCAGCCACCAACGUGCUGCUGCAUGCCGACCCGGAGGGCUAUCGGCCGGGGAUCCAGUUGCAUCCGUGCUUGAAGAGCAGCGCAAGGACUAAAGGCCGCAACCCGAGCCGCAGGGGCGCGGCCGGCGCCUGCGGCGCGGCUGGCGACAGGGAGUACGCCUACCACAUCCCCUCCAGCGUGGACGGAGGCAGCGUGCACAGCUCACACACUGACAGCCCCCACAGCGCGCACGAGCGCCACGUCCACAUCUGUCCGCAUCUGGCCCACGAAGGGCAUCACGAAGGGCAUCACGCAUGUCACGCCGCCACCGCCGCCGCACACGAGGCCCUGGCGUGCCACAACCCCUGCCACAGGCACAUCUGCUGUGCUAAGGCGGACCUGUUCCCCUCCCUGUGCCCGGCAGAGGCGGGCGACGCAGGCAUUUUCCUGUGCGGCUGCGGCAAAGUGGCCGAGGAGGACCCGAUGGCGACGCAUCACCAUUUGGAGAUGCACGCCCCACGUAGACAAUCGUACCCCCAGAACCCGCCUAAUCAGAAUGGGAUUCUAAAGGGGGGCCUGCACGAAGGACUCCUGUACACCUCGGACAGCACGGGGAAUAUACGCACUGGACCCUGGAAGAAUGAAACUACUGUGUAGUGCAGGGAGGGGAAGAAACGGGAGACGCCCCCGCCAAAAUAAAACCCACGUCUCCCUUCCUAGAAUUAAAAAAAAAACAAGGAUUGAAAGAGCAAAACAUCACAAUCAGAGUUGGAUAUUUUUAUUUUGAUGUCCUCAUGGUUUUAUGUGUGCUGUUUUACUGUACAGAAACCAGAUUUCAUAUAAAGGCUCCCUGCAGAGCAUCCACAACUAGAACAGGAGCUCUUCCAUCCAGAAAAAUUUGUGAAAUGUGUGUCAUCAUGCCAUCAGGUGUAAUAGAAGGUAUCUUCUCCACUGUCCCAUAAUACUACAGAUUGCUUCAUAUAUAUAAUUAUAUAUACAUAUAUACAAGAAAAUGAAUGGUUGUGUGUAUGAAUAUGUGUGUUAGUGCGCAACGACAACACGCUGCAAGGAUUUUUUCACUCCGAAUCCAUCGACGACAGCGAGCCUCCGGAACUUUAAAGAACUCUCGGCAUCCGCGUUUUAGACGACUAAACCAGCAAUUUUAGACCUCAUGGGUAUUUUUGCCAUUCAGUCAAGCAACUGUGAAUAAUCAGUUAGAUUCUUCUUAAUAACACACAGCGAUACUGUGGCUUGCCAGAAAUGUGCACAUGCCAUGAGGUUGUGGAAAUUUAAAGCAACGGCAAGAAAAAAAAAAAAAACAGAGGCGUGAAAACAAACAUCUUCUUCCAGGUUUGGUAUUGAUCGUGAUCGUCUGUAUGAUGUCCUGUUUCUUUUAUUUUUUUAUGGGAAUAAUUCCAGUUCCAGCGCGUUGGUGCCGCCGAGUUGUCGGUCACACUGAGAAUAAAUGUUAUUAGCACUGUGCCACUCGGAGCCAGGUCGUCACAGCGAGCUCGUUGCCAAACCAGCGUUCAGGCGACUAGUAUUCGUCCUCCCAAAGCUUCUCUGUGAGCCAGCAGCACCGUCACACUCUCCAUCAUUGCUUCAUGUAGUCAUACAAUGCAAACAAAGCUCUAAAAUGACUAAAUAAGCAAAAAUCAGUGAUUAGUUAGAAAAGCCUCACGUUCCGUCUAUAGAAUCGAAUAAGGCUGUAAUCCCAGGCUGAUCUGACUACAAAGAGACUACAACAGGCGUCCAGUUCAGGGAGGGUCUCAUUUAAAUCUAGAAAAUAUGUUUCUGAUAGUGUGUGUUAUUAAAUCAUGUAGGCCACACAGGCCAAAUUCAAACUCAGAAACAUGAGGCCUGAUGCAAACAAUUCCAAUUAUUCCACGAGUGACACUAAUAAAAUCAUUUUUACAACCCUCGCCCACCAUAAAUUGACACAUGGCAAAACCUUCAGCUGCGCUUUUAAUACAUCAAAUUUAAUUUAGCCGUGUUUACUGAGACCGACGUCCGUCCGCGAGGUUCCGUCAUGAGGACCCGCGCUGCUGCAGCUCCAUUUAUUUCAGCCUAGUUCCCAGGAAAUACUGUGUGAUUCCUAUUCUGGCAGCCGGAGCCCAGGAUCCAGGGGGCGAAACGCUGGCUUCGGCAGAUAAGUUGUGUCAGGAGAGGCCAGGGUUCGAGUAUGGAUUGAUUUGUUGUUACCGUGAAGGUCACAUUCCCUUUGAGGGAGCGCCACUCAAAAGAAAAGACGAAAGGGACCGUGUAUCGACUGCGACGCGCGUGUUUGUCCUCUGAAUGGCGAUUUUGGACUUUGAUACUGACAUUUCAUUAGAAACAAACACAAACCUUAAAAAAAAAACAAUCGCACACGCAGCCAAUAUAAUCUCACAGCGACCCCGCUCUCGCAUGCACACCGUCUCUUUCUCCACGUCGUGCACUCCCGUCUGUGUAUAUAUCGGUUUCUGAUGAAUUAUUUUAUAUGAGAUUUAAAAUAUUUAAGAAUAAAAUAAGUCUAUGUAAAGAAAGUUGUAUGGGGAAAAAAUGACCUCUUAAAAUUAAUACUCAGUAUCUGAGUUUAGAAACCUCCUUCGUUGCUUUCAGAUGCCUUUUACUGUUGCGGUUUCAGUUCACCUCAUGACGUAUGCAGACUCGCCGUGUGUUGUGAGACUUCUGUCAAAUCAGAAAUAGAAAUGCACUACCCAUCGUGGCGUUGGGCUUUGUCAGAGUACGGAAAUGCUUCAUUUUAAAAAGAGACGAGGAAAAAUACGAUAGUCCCUUUAUUUGAAUAGCAGCCUUUGGACGAAGGGAGGCCCCUGCAGACGUGGAGGAUGAUGCGUGAGGCUCAUAUCUGCGCGCGCGGGCCAUCGGAGUUAUUUCCAGCGUCUGGGACGAAAUGGAACAUGAUGGGCCGAAAGUUAUGGGCUGUAAAACGCUGGCCCCACCGUGGAGCUGCCUGGGACGUGUGUUGCCGCUGGUUCAAUGCUUAUUGGAGGGGGAUUUGUGACAGUAUCACAACAUGAGCGACAUAAAACUCUAGGGUGUUUGCUGUUCACGCGUACUCGCUGGUGGUGUGUCUUAGGAGCAGCCUGAGCUUUCAGUGUCUGUGAGACUGUGUUUGGCGCCAUAGGCCACCUUCAGUUGUCAUCAGUAGCGGACGCACUGCCCUCGACAAGCUUGCAGAUUUAGUUUCAGGCUCACGGCUGCUGGAAUCUUCACCUGUGGUACUGUGACAAAACCUAAAGCCAGUUUUCACUUUUUUCUACAUUGACACAGAUUCCAAUAAAUGUAUUUUUUCACCAUGCAACGGA